AUGAAGCCUAUUUCUCGCUACAGAAAGCAUCUCAGGCGCGAUGGCGACCGGACCAUUCGCAAGUCCGUCUCUUGCGAGCCCCUACUCGACAUCUCUUCCUCGGACGAAGAGGACCGCACAGGAGGCGCCCGUCUGACCUGCGGAAGUUUGACUCCAUCUCCUGCCGGCAAGCGACUGUUUGCAAAAAAGUCGGCAUCCGAAUCUGCAAGAUCCCGUCCAGGCAGCGCCAACUCCUUCCAGGUUGGCGCAAACACCGAUGACGACGUCUUUGCCGAAGACGAUGAAUCGACUGCAUCUAUUUCUAGUGGAAAUGAUGCCACCGACCACCCUGGAGAGUUCUCAGAGGUUGGCAUCCCGUCUGUUGACGCCCAGGGAAUUUACCCCCCCACGGCAUGCAUCUUUGCCGCCAAUCUCGCGCAACUUUACGAUGACAAGACUCUCGAGUAUGAAGUCACACGCGCUUUCUCCAAGUAUGGCCCCGUUUUUGUCAAGAUUCGCCGAGACCAACGCCAAAUGCCUUUUGCAUUUUGUCAAUUCACUUGUGACGAGCAUGCGAGAAAGGCCAAGGAAUGCGGUAGAGACACUUAUAUUCUCGGCCGACAAUGCCGCACUGAAAUGGCCAAAGCCCAUACCACUUUCAUCGUGUACAAACACAAUGGAGACUUCAUCACAAGCGACGAAGCUGCUGACCUUCUCAGUUCCCUGGGAGAAAUUGCCGAGGCUGAUGAACUUGACGCCGAGAUGCAGCACUCCAUGCGUCUCCCUCCUACCGUUGUCGUCAGAUACAAAAUGUACGACCCCAGACGCGACGUGCCUUUGGCCUUUCGUGGGCAUCGCAAGUACAAAGUGAUUCCAUAUGAUCCCAAACCAUCCGCGAACUCGAGACCAGAAACUCAAGUCAGCCCAAACAAGGAGCAAUUUCUGAACCAGUACGAUCGCGACAGACGAUCCAUUUACAUGGGCAAUCUUCCAAUGAACAUGACUGAAGAGACUCUCACAAACCUUAUCAGCGCUUGCGGCGAGGUCAUCGCUGUCGUCCUUUUCAAAAAGCCCGUUCCAGGAAGUCCAAGCAAAAUGACUUGCUUUGCGUUUGUCGAGUUUUCUCGCCCCGACAAUGCCGACGACGCCAUCGAGGCGUUUAACAACACGGACAUCAACGGCUUCCGCGUCCGGGUCGACAGGAAGCAGUCUCGUACCUUUGAGACGCCCCGACGCAGCCUUUCCCUACGCUCGGCCAACUACUCGCACGCGACCUUUCCCCGUCGUCGCCACGCGCCCGUCAUGGAGCCCGUCUCGCCGCUGCACACCAUGUUUGAUCCGCCCGCCGGCCAUGGCAAGCCCGUCGUACACCACGCUGCCGCUACUCCUGCGGAUCCGGAGCAAACCCCCAGGACGGCCGAGGAGGCUGCCCAGACUUUCUCUAGUGAAGACAACCUCUUUACGCCAACGCCCAAAAAGACAAACGGCAACGGCGGCGGUGGCGGUGGCAGCUUUGCCUACGGCAACAUGGAGACACCCAUGGCCAUGCCGCACCAGCACGCUCACAUCCCCAUGGGCUGGAUGCCGCCGUUUCCGCCGUACCCAUACGGUCCGCCCAUGUCGCCCUACGGCCCUAUGACGCCUCACGGCACGCCCGGUGUCAUGUACCCGGGCUACAGCCCAGGUCCCUACUACCCAGGCAUAUACGACAUGUAUCCCAUGACGUCGCCUCCACACAUGAUGCCACCGCCGCAGAUGCAAGCGCCGCCCGUUGGAGCACCAGCGCCCGUCCAGGCCGAAGCUCCCGCCGAAGCGCAGUUUGCUGCUGGUGGAGGCCAAACUCCCACUGAGCCGGCCACGGAAGAAAAGUGA